GGUAAAUAUAUUUAUAUGAUAAUGCAGAAUAUGCACAAAAUUGAACUCUUUAUAUCGCUCUACACGACACGACGCGUCACGUCAUGUGAAAUUACCGAAAAGCAAACAAGACAAAGCAACCGAGCUGGUCAAGUGAGAACUACUCCGUCUCGAAGAUAUUCGCCGGAAUUUGGGCUCCGGUUUUCCCCUGCAUAUAUAUGUACAAAUGGAAGUGGCUAAGAGCGCCUACUUUUCUUCUCCAUUUCUCUUUCAUUUACUUUUCACAAUCAUUCUGCUCUCAUCCAAUCCAGUUCUGAGCAUCCGAUUUCCAGAUCGGAUCCCGGAGUUACCAAAGGAUGCCUCUAAUCAACCAGUAAAAACGGCAGUUUUCGCUCUCGGAAGCUUCUGGAGAUCGGAAGCAUCAUUUGGCUGCUUAAACGGCAUCGUAAGAACCACCGUUGGUUAUGCUGGUGGUUCAAAACCUAAUCCUGAGUAUAGAAAUUUGGGGGAUCACGCUGAAUGUGUACAGGUUGAAUACGAUCCCAGAGUAAUUGGUUUCAGACAAUUAUUGGAGGUCUUCUGGGCUAGCCAUGAUUCUAGGCAAGUUUUUGGGCAAGGUCCUGAUGUGGGUAACCAGUACAGGUCUAUUAUUUUCACAAACGGCACUGAGGAGUCAAGAUUGGCUGCUGUUAGCAAAGAAAGAGAACAAUCAAAGUCAAAGAGCAGCAUUGUAACCACUCAAAUUCAACAGCUUGAAGCUUUUUAUCCUGCAGAGCCUGAACAUCAGAAAUUUGAGCUUAAGAGGAAUCCCUUUCUACUUCAAUUAAUGGGAAACUUGCCUGAGGAGGAGCUUGAGAGGUCCACACUUGCUACAAAACUAAAUGGCUAUGCAGCAGAGCUUUGUCCAUCAAGAACCCAAAGGCGGAUUGAUGCAACGAUCAAUGAUAUUAUCAAGAAAGGCUGGCCCAUUCUCAGAGACGUUUGAUUAUACAUCUCAAGGGUAUAUGAGAUCCUGCAGACCUCUGUUAAGGUGUAGACACUGUGUUCCCAUUGCUGAGGUAACAUCUCGCAGAUGACAGAAUACCCUCUCAUGCAAAUUCAUCUUACAUCAUUACAGAAUCUGAAUAGCAAGCAGAGACCUUUUUACAGAGGUUAAUCAAAUAUAUUUGUACAAUCGGAAUUUUUAGAAUAGGUUGAUUGGACUAGACUGAGCAGAUACUUUUUUGCAAAUAUUAAUCAAAUAUGUUUGUACAAUCUGAAUGUUCAGUGUAGGCAAUAGGUUGAUUGCACUAGGACUGAACAUCGUUGCAAUUUAAGGCUGUUGGGACCUUAAAAUCAUGUUGUUGUAGCACUUUUUAUUCUAUGUAUGCUUGGCAACCACGCUUAUCAUGCUGUAGUAGUUGCAAUUUGCAAUUUCAUAAACUAUUUUCCUA